GCCAGAGUUCAGUUUCCCGCGUCAAUGUUCCCACUAAACCAAGAAGUUAAAACCGAUUCAGAAACAAAACCUAGUAACUGAAAAUCCUCUUCCUCUCUCACUCGAUCAGUCGCUUAAAAUGUUUUAUUCACAGACAUUUCUGGCUCGUAAAGGUCCGCUCGGCACCGUCUGGUGUGCGGCGCAUCUCCAGCACCGGCUCAAAAAGUCUCACUACACCUCCACCAACAUUCCCUCCACCGUCGAUCGUAUUAUGUUUCCGGAAGUUCCGAUUGCGUUGAGACUGUCGGGGCAUCUUCUGUUAGGCGUGGUUCGGAUCUAUUCGAAGAAAGUUGAUUAUCUUCAUCAUGACUGUAAUGUCGUUUUGAUUGGGUUGAGAAAAGCUUUUACUACUGUUAAUGUUAAUUUGCCUGAGGAUGCCACACAAGCUCAGAUUGAAAGUAUUACUUUUCCUGAAAGGAUGGACCUUGAUGCUGUGGAUUUGGAUGACCUUAUUUAUGAUGACCAUUAUGAUCGUCAUCUUAGGGAUCAGGAGGAGAUUACACUUACAGAUCAAAUUCCUAUUGGGAGAGAUAUUUAUGUUGCGAUAUCUUUUGAUGAGGAUGUUAUAAUGGAUUCUGUGUGGCCGGAAGAGGUUGCAAAUUUGGGAGUUCAACAAAUGGAGACCAUUGUUCCUGUACCUCCAAUGGAUGCUGAUGCGGGUUUUCAGCUUGGUCCAAGUAAUCAGACAGAAGUACUUAGUGAGACUGUGGAUGAUCAAAAUGCUGGUGUAAGUAAUCAGAGAGAACCACUUAGUGAGGCUCUGAACCUGCAACAGCCUGAACCUGGUCAGAGCAAUCAGACAGAUGUUCUUGAUAAAACAAUGGAUUUUCAAGAACCCAGUCCAAGUAAUCAGACAGAUAACCUUGAUCCAAGGAAAACUGAUCAGGCUUCUCCACAUAGUGUUCCAGAAUUUGAAGUUAUGCGUGAUGCUACCCAUGAUUUUAGCCCUGGAAACAUGCCUCCGGUAUUUACCAAUCAUGUACAUGAUGCAACUGAGCCUUUAGGAUCUCCAGGCAAGAACUUGAAUGAGAAGGAAGUUCAUACUCUAAAUUUAGAGGAUGUAUUGGAAUCUGGAGGGCUUUCCUUUCAAUUUCACCAACAUUCAGAACCAUCAGCUUCUGCAGUUUCACAAGAAGCUGCCGAGAUUUUUGAUACACAUAUUUCCCUCGGGCAUCCAACUCCUGAAUUGGCUAUCCGAUCAACUCCUCCUGUACAGCGGAAAAAACCAAGAGCACUGAAAAGAAAGAUUCUUGAUAAGUCCAUAGUGCUGUCUAAUAAGUUUAUGAAGAAAGCACUUGAAGAUUCCAGUUAUUUAUUAAGGAAGAAGAGAAAUUUGCCUGGCUCUGAUUUAGAAGUGUGGAAGUUGAACAACCAUGUCAGAAAGGAGCAAGUCUUUCAAGAGCCUUCGUUAACUGGGAUGUGUGAAGAUAUCCGCAAUAUCUUCAAAAAGGACUAUAUCUCAGCCAAACCCUAUUUGUUUUCCAUUGAGGAAGAUAUAGUAGAACCCAUGGCCAUGGAUUCUCUUGCACCUGAAACAGAAGCUAACUUGCAGCCCCUGAUUACUGAUUCUCCAGCUCUUCAGGCUCAAGCUAUCCUGGAUCCUGGGGUUGUGCAAUCUCCUUUGCACACAACUGAAAGUAUUCUGCAGCCUAGGAUUGUAGAAUCUCCUCAUCACUCAGCUGAAGCUAUCCAGGAGCCUAGUGUGGCAUGUUCUUCUAGUCCAGUGCCUGAAAAUGAUAUGGAAAUUGAAAGAUUUAGAAAUGAGGAAAGAAAUAUUGGCAAUGAUAAUUUACCUGAAUUUAUGGCUUCUGGAAAAGAUGGCUUUACUCCUUUCUCAACUAAUACCACAAGAUCUGGGUCAGUAUCCCAGGCAGGAACAACUGUCAGGUCUCCAACGCUACCUACACCAGAUGUUGCAGCUUUGACUGGAACUCGUGGAUCUGAGCUUGAAACACCAACAACACUUAUUGAGGAGGGAAUUGGACUUGAGUACACUGGGCUAUCAGAUAUUCCAGAGUUGGUAAAUACUGCAGAAGCAGAAGAGCUUAGUUUCCUGGAAGCAGAAAACAAUACACCAACAGGAUCCCAAGCAAGUCAAGGAGUUGACUCAUUGUCUGUGAGAACCAGGGCAGUGGCUCAAUAUCUAAAACAUCAUUCUCCUAUUACCCCGGUCUCGGAAGACCCAUCUGGCCAUCUCAGUUUGAACAAGAUCUUAACAGGGAAAACAAGAAAGUUAUCUGCAAGAAUGUUUUUUGAGACAUUGGUUUUGAAGAGCCAUGGACUUAUUGAUGUGCAGCAAGAAGAGCCUUACGGAGAUAUUGCUUUAAAGUUGACUGAUACACUCUCUAAGGCAGAUAUAUGAGGUAAUAUAUGUCAUCUAACAUGCUGGGGGGCUUUCAUCUGUAUAAAGGUAGAAUUGAGGGUGGCAGAAAAAAGUUUUUGUAGAUCUUGUAAAAAUUUAGACAAAGUAGACAAGAAGAUGGAGGCAAAGUUGCGGAGGAAUCCAUCCUCAAUUGUUCUAGAUAUGGCUUUUGUCACUGUUGCUUUGUAGAUCUUGCAUGCUAGCCAUCCAAUAGAACGCAGAAGAAGCCAUCACAUAAUAUAUGCAAAGCUAAUUCUUUUCCAUGAUGAUGUAUGCAUGGCAGAAGCUAGACGUUACCAUCUGCCUAUAAAUUUGCUUAGGCGCAUGUAACCUGAAACUUCAUUCUUAACUAAAUAAAACUGCUUGCUUCUAAUCCUA